AGCUGCUUCCCUUUUCCUUCUCUCACCCUCCUUCCUCUCUCUUUCUCUCUGUCUUCUCUCUAUCCGCCAUGGCUCUGCAAGUCUGGGAGACGCUGAAGGAGGCGAUCGUGGCCUACACAGGCCUCUCUCCCGCCACCUUCUUCACAGUCUUGGCUCUCGGUAUUGCCAUUUACUAUCUCAUUUCAAGUUUCUUCGCUCCCUCCGACUACGGAACCCACACUAGGGACUUGGGUGAGCAACUACAGCCUCUCCCUCCGCCUGUCCAAGUCGGUGAAAUUUCUGAGGAUGACUUGAAGCAAUACGAUGGCUCCGAUCCCAAGAAGCCUCUUCUCAUGGCUAUCAAGGGCCAGAUCUACGAUGUUUCUCAGAGCAGAAUGUUCUAUGGACCUGGGGGGCCCUAUGCGCUUUUUGCUGGAAAGGAUGCCAGCAGAGCUCUUGCAAAAAUGUCUUUUGAAGAAAAAGAUCUGACUGGCGAUAUCUCCGGUCUCGGUCCAUUCGAACUCGAGGCCUUGCAGGAUUGGGAAUAUAAAUUCAUGAGUAAAUAUGUUAAAGUUGGGACAGUUCAGAAGUCAGUUGCUGAUGGUGAUGCUGCAGCUGGUGAGCCUGCAGAAUCAAGCAUUGCUGAAGUUAGUAAGCCUGCCGAAGAAAGUCACUCGGAAUCUCGAGAUGAUAAAGUUGAGGAAACCCCUGCUGCUGCAAAUGUCGAUUAAUAUUCUUCUGUCUACAGAUGCCCCUUUCGACGGAUAUAGGAAAAGAGAACAAUGUAUGUGUGCUCAUGUUUCAGUAAUCUUGUUUCAUAGAUAAGUGAAAUCUAGUUGUGUAGGGUGAUGAUGUUACAGGUGGAGUUAAGGCUUGAGUUUAUGUUUACUAUUGUUCAAUAAACAUCUGACAAUAAGAUAAUUAGUGUUUGAAUUUGGAAAUGGGACUGAGGAUCUCUUAUGCCCCCAA